AAAAGAAAGAACUGUUUAGAUACCUGAGGCUUGCUUUCCAUUUGUCUGAAUCUGGGGUUUGUGGAAGAAUGUUAUCCUCUCUUACUCCUUCCAAACUAGUGUAUAUAUUAAGCUCUUUGAAAUGUGAGUAUUAUGGGAAGGAUCGCAGUUGCUUUAAAUUAGAGAAGUUGGCAAGUGCCUGGGAGAAGGAGUGGGAGGUUGUUUAAACCGAGAAAGACAGUUGCAAAACUUCGUACGCCAGCAUGAGCUCCAAGCUUCAAACGCAUUCUCAUGAUCAGACGAGCAUUUUCUUUUUCAUCAAGUUAUUUUUUGCAUUGGUUUGGAGCAGCUUUGAAUAAUAAACACAUAUUUCUACUUCACAUUUUUGAAGGUUUCUGAAUUCAUGGGACAAUCAAAACAAGAAAACUUCAUGUUUUGGGGGAAAGUUUGAUAUCAGCAAUGCCCAGGAAAGCACGACUGUUUGGAAGCCUUUGAAAACCUGGAUCUGCUAUUCUGUCUGGUACUGAAGCAAGUUUUUUACUAAACUCUCGGGAAGAUACCCAGUCUCUCGUGGAUUUAGAAUCCUGCAGCAACCGCCUUCCCAGAGCAAGAGCCAAAGAUGUUUGUCUUGCUCUAUGUGACAAGUUUUGCAAUUUAUGCAAGUGGACAACCUCGGGGUAAUCAGUUCAAAGGAGAGAACUACUCCCCGAAAUAUAUCUGUAGUAUCCCUGGCUUACCUGGACCUCCAGGACCCCCUGGAGCAAAUGGCUCCCCUGGGCCCCAUGGUCGCAUCGGCCUUCCAGGAAGAGAUGGCAGAGAUGGCAGAAAAGGAGAGAAAGGUGAAAAGGGAACAGCAGGUUUGAAAGGUAAAACUGGACCACUGGGUCUCAUUGGUGAGAAAGGGGACCAAGGAGAAACUGGGAAGAAAGGACCCACGGGGCCAGAGGGAGAGAAAGGAGAAGUGGGUCCAGUAGGACCUCCUGGACCUAAGGGAGACCGAGGAGAGCCAGGGGACCCAGGGCUGCCUGGAGUUUGCAGAUGUGGAAGCAUCGUGCUCAAAUCUGCCUUUUCUGUUGGCAUCACAACCAGCUACCCAGAAGAAAGACUCCCUAUUAUAUUUAACAAGGUUCUCUUCAACGAGGGCGAGCACUACAACCCCGCGACGGGGAAGUUCAUCUGUGCUUUCCCAGGGAUCUACUACUUUUCUUAUGAUAUCACGUUGGCUAAUAAGCAUCUGGCAAUCGGGCUGGUGCACAAUGGGCAGUACCGGAUAAGGACCUUUGAUGCCAACACAGGGAACCAUGAUGUGGCUUCCGGGUCCACAGUAAUCUACCUUCAGCCAGAAGAUGAAGUGUGGCUGGAGAUCUUCUUCACUGACCAGAACGGCCUCUUCUCAGACCCAGGCUGGGCAGACAGCUUGUUCUCUGGAUUCCUCCUAUACGUUGACACGGACUACCUAGAUUCCAUAUCAGAAGACGAUGAACUGUGAUCGGACUGCUGACCAGAGUGUUCCCAGAUCCCUGGGGCAGACACAUUGUUUUAAUCUGGGGUCCUGGCAGGCAGAACAAACAGGAAUGGAACCCUAGGGCAUUCCCACUCGAAUUCCAGAAUAUUUGCAGAUAGUUCUACCAGAACCUAUCAAAACAAAUGACCAGAAGACAAAUCGCCAAACAACUGAGACCACACCAAAAUGUAAAAAAACAAUAAUACCAGAUAAAAAUCCUCUUGAAAGAAUGAAAGACAGCAUUAAUGAUUUUUCUGUUAAGUGCCCUGAGCCAUAAAACCAGCUGGAAGUGAUAUUCCCUCAUUAAAUCUUCAUAAAAUA